AUGCGGAAUAUGAUGAUGAAUAAUCAAAUGGUAAUACCACCUCCUCAUUAUGAGCCAUAUUUUCUGUACAUGCAACCAGGUAUUUCUGCUGCAUCAGCCUCAACAUCAAACCUUCACUCAGAAACCGGUGCUCCGGACUUGCCAGAUUCUCCUGAACUAGAAAAGAGAAAACUUAUUGAUCGUGUCAAACGACCAAUGAAUGCAUUCAUGGUUUGGUCUCGUGAUCGUCGGCGUAAAAUUGCCGCCGAGAACCCUAAAAUGCACAAUUCUGAAAUUUCCAAACUUCUUGGUUACGAAUGGAAACAGCUUAGCCAAAAAGACAAGCAAGUAUUUGUGGAAGAAGCGAAACGGUUACGCGACACGCACAUGAAGGAGCAUCCAGAUUACAAAUAUCAUCCAAGACGAAAAGCCAAAAAUCUUUUAGGAAAACCUGUGUUAAAUGUAAAAAAUAUCGCGACAACAAUCGCUCCAUAUUCGCCCAGUCAACCUAGCGUUGCAGUAACCACAUCAUGGCGACAUCAAGUAUCUGCCACACCACCUGUCCCAUAUGGAGCUAACUUCUUUAACUUUCUGAAUAACACAAAUAACGAAAAUUCAAGCCUCCUAACCUAUUCCGCGACUGGUAUGCUCUACCAACAAAAUCAAAAUCUACAAACUCCCUCCGCUGCUCCAGUCUCUUCAACAGUCCCGUAUCAACAAUUCGCCACUCCUCCUGGACGACAGCAGUGUAUCGACCUUCAGCAACAAUCAUCACAAAUCCUUGGGCUGCCGGCGACGACGUAUCCACAGAAUGUAUACCAAUCAUGCGACCAAUUGUACUGA